UCAUAUUUCUUAGCUACAACCACUUAUAAUAUAAUUAUAUAUAUAAAUAUGUAACAUUAUAAGAGGUUAGCAUUUAUCAUCCUGAAGUAGAAUAUUUGACAUUUCAUUCAUAAAUCUUCUUUGUCUUUUUGCAAAUAAACGUGUGUGAAUUUAUCUGUUUUGAGAAAGAUAUAAAGAGCAAAGGGGUUUGUCUCAAAUUUAUUAUUCAACAACUGUGUCAUAUAAAUUUGAGGGUUUGGUUUGGUUUGGUUUGGUUUCAUAGUAAAAUUUGAUCUUGUUCUGGAACAUUAUCUGAAACAACAAUGUCUGUGUUUGCUUCACUUGCCAUUUGUAAAGUUGCAAAAGAUGCAGCUGGAGUUGCUGGUAAUAUCUUUGCUUUUGGGCUAUUUGUAUCUCCAAUACCUACAUUUAGGAGAAUUAUCAGAAAUGGAUCUACAGAAAUGUUCUCAGGGUUGCCAUAUAUUUAUUCCCUGAUGAACUGUUUGAUUUGCAUGUGGUAUGGCACUCCUUUGAUAUCACAUGAUAAUAUUUUGGUUACCACUGUUAAUUCAAUUGGAGCAGUGUUUCAGUUUGUGUACAUAAUCCUCUUCAUGAUGUCUGCUGAGAAAGAAAAGAAGGUGAAAAUGCUUGCAUGGCUGAUGGGAGUUCUUGGCAUAUUUGCAAUCAUAUUGAUUGGAAGUUUGCAAAUAGAUGACAUUGUAAUGCGUCGGCUCUUUGUUGGGAUUUUGAGUUGUGCAUCUCUCAUUUCUAUGUUUGCUUCUCCAUUGUUUAUAAUUAAAUUGGUCAUUCAGACAAAGAGUGUUGAAUUCAUGCCUUUUUAUCUCUCACUUUCCACCUUUCUAAUGAGCACCUCUUUCUUAGUUUACGGUUUACUCAGCGAUGAUAUCUUCAUUUAUGUGCCAAAUGGGAUAGGAACCAUUUUGGGAAUGACCCAGUUGAUAUUAUACUUCUAUUAUGAGAGUAAAUCUAGAAGAAUGGAUGCCGAAGAACCGUUGAUAGUGUCAUAUGCAUGACCACUUCUGCUGAAAAGACGAAGAGUCGAAGUUAGAUACAACCAGUUGCUGCUGCCUGCUAGAUAUGGUCCGAAACUGGAGCUGGCAAUGUUGCUAUUUGGUUCAAUUAUUGGUGCAAUAACUGUUGCAUCCUUGAGAGUAACCAGAAGUUGCAAUCGAGAAGAACUUCAAAUAUUCUGUAUAUAUGUUUUACCUUUUGUUGGUGAUGUUCUAAGUCGGCCUCUCUUACAUUGAGUGAGGCAUUUUUGAGUUCAUUUUUUGAGAGGCAUGUAUUAUUUGUUUUUGUCAUGAAUGUGAAAGAGGUGAUUAUUAUCUCACAAUUUCAUAGACUUGAUGGAUAUAUAUAUAUAUAGAUAUCAAAGAUUCACAUUGGAUUGGUCUCAAACUAGUUUUGCCUAUGUUUACCAAUUUGUAAUCAGUUGUCUUGUUUGAUGGAGUGAACAAGAAGAUAUAUGCAAAAAUCAGUUUCACUUUCCUA